UCCGCCAACCGAUGCCCCUUGUGCGGACUGGAGGAGGACCACCUACAUGUCCCCCGCUGCCCUUCCGACCGGGCCAAGACCCAGUGGCAGCUCCUACUCCAAGAACUCCAAGAAUGGUUCCAGUCCAACACCACUGCUACACCCAUUGCCCAAUUCCUCGGGGCCCUUCUUCGCACCAUCCGCACCCCUAGCAACCCGCCUCAAACACAGACUCCGUGGUACCGCCUCCACGGAAUAUCUUCUUCCGCCCUCACCCAAGUCUGUGAGGCCCAACUCCGCCUUGGCCCCCAAUGCCUCCUUGAAGGCCUUCUCGCCCACGGCUGGGCCGACCUCCAGGAACAAUUCUACCGCUCUCGCGGUAGUCGCCGGUCCGGUAACCUUUGGGCUGCCAAUCUAUCUCAACAGCUCAUCCUUAUCGGUAAAGGCAUGUGGAAGCAUCGCAAUGAUGUCUUUCAUUCUGACAACAACAUCGUCAACCAACAGCGUGCGACUGCUCUCAAUCGACGCAUACACGACGAGUUCGACAUGGGUCCUCGCAACCUGCCUCGGAACCUUCGCCCUGCCAUCCGUCGAUCCCGCCUUGUAGACGUCCUCCGACUCCACCUGGCGGACAAGGAGGAAUGGGUCCUCGUCAUCUCCAAAGCCCGCCGCAAAAUCAGACGAUCUCUUGCAGGCAGGCGACAAUUGAUGUGGGAACUGACCCACCCUACUCCUCGCCCAGCAGCCCCCUGA